UUGAAUUCCAGCGGCAGAAAAAGUCACCGUACGGGACCUAUCGAAGCAACGAAACAUCGCCAUACAACAGUACCUCUGCUUAUUCAAGCUCACCAUCAAGAGACGUCUGUUCUACGAAAAGUUGAGUUUUGGGACCAAAUGGAAGCAAGCGGAGGAGAACAACAUGACUACAUGGCUGCUGGUCCUUCUGGAUUGCAGUGUUAG